CCCUCAUUUCGGCGAAUGCCAUCACAGUCAAGCGCGCAGAAAAUUUAACAAUUUCGAAAUUAUUAUCUCUAGUGCGUGUUUUUUAAUAUUAAAAAAGGCACGGGGUAGUGUUAUAACUCAAUAAUUGAACCAUCUCCUUUAAUUGACUGGAUGGUAGCUAAUUUUCGCGCAUUGUGUGCGAAAAAUAUGUAAAUCAAUUUACGUUAUUACGCUGCAGUCAGUGUUGAAAUGCUUGGCUUCCCAGGCAGCAGACCUGUGGCGUGAAAUCGGCUAAAAAUAAUUUAAUAAAGAACAAAUCAGAAGACACUUAACAAAAUAUCAAGUGAUAAAGAUCUCUUUAAUGUGCUAUUGUUUGACAUUAAAGUUAAUAAUGUGACAUGCGCAAAUUUUUUGUAAAGUGAUUAUCAAAAGGCUAAAUGUUAGCUGGCAAAUGUCUAAUUUAACAUUUUUGCACAAUUUCUGAGAUGCAUUUUGAAUUACAUUUGGAUGUCCAACAUGGAUCUGCAGCCAUUCUUAUCACUGGAACGCAAGCAGCUGGAACACGAUCGCCAACGCCUGAGCGCGGCUAUCAAGACCCUUGAAAACGAUACUAACAAAAACAAUGCACCAACCAGUUGUCCUGCCGCCUUAUUAAUGCAACUUGAGGGUUAUAAGCCAGGGCAAUGUCAUCGCAUGGCCAACACAAGCAGCAAGUGCAAUGAACCCACAAAAGCCUCAAACUCUACCUUAGCAACCACAAGCCAAAACUCUGAGCAGCAACUGGAGCUGAGCGAGGGGCAGGCGGAGUUGGAGUCGCAGGAGCAGCUGGAGGGGAGCCCAUCUAUCGCAUCGCUAGUGAAGUCGGCCAAGGAAUUUGUGAAUCAACGUGAAUUGCUUAUUGGUAGCGCGCGACAAUACAAAUCGGCUAAUGCGUCGCAGCGUAAUUUAGAAAGCGAGCGGCCGCAAAGCGAGAAUCGUUUGCCAAUUGGUCGUCGUACAGGAGGGGAUGAUAUGGAGCAAUGGGUUACGGACACAUUUUAUUCGUAUUUUCCUGGCUUUAACAAUGAAAAUCAGAAGCGUCAAAGUUAUUUGCGUGAGCGUCAGCGCGAGAAUCAGCAGAACUUUCUCAAGCACCAGAUGCUGCAUCCGCCAUUGGCAAAGCAGCGACGUCAGCUGAAGCCAUCGCCGGUACCGGUAGAGGAGCAGCAGCAAACAGCGCGCUCCAGUCAAUCAAGCACAAGCACAUCACAUAGCAGAACGGAUAAGACUGAUCUAGAGUUAAUUGUAAAUAAUAAUCCCAAUUAUGUGCCCCCGAAAAUACGGCCGGCCACCAAUCGCCAGCAACUGCUCCACGAUUUGGGACAUGUAGAGCUCUCCAAUAUUGUGAGCGGUGAUGGCAUCAAUGAGCGUAAUAUGCGCAGCGCUGAACUGGAAACGGCGCGCAAAAAGGACUAUCAAAGGGACUUGAUGCAACAGAUCGAGGAGAAGCGUCGCUCCAUAGAAAUCCUACGCGAAAAAGAACGACGACAGGAGGAGAUCCUGACCAGGCGCCUGGAGGCACAGCUAAAGACCAUACACUUAGAGGAGCAGUUGGAAAAGCAGCGUCAACGCGCAGAAAAGGCACGCAUCGAGACGGAACAGAAUCGCUUGAUGCGCGAGAAGCUGCUGGCCAAGCUGGAGCAGGAUGCGGAGCUGUUGCGCUCAAAGGACCGCAAUAAUCUGGCUGCAGUAACGGAUGUAAAAGGCAGUAACAACAACAACAGCAACAACAAUAACAACGACAAUAGCAGCAACGACAACAAUAACACAAAUACCAAUAAGGUGUACAAAUACUUCAGUAAUUCGGCAAGGCAUGAGUAUCGACGUGGUAAGCCGUUGCCGGCGGGCGUGGAACUGGACUUCGAGCUGCCGCAAAUGGCAAAAAUCGAGCGCGAAUGUUUCCAUUUGUGCGAGAAGAUCUGUCCGCUGUGCGAUGGGCCGCUGAAGAGCUACGAGAGCUGUUGUCUACGCUGUCAGCGCAAAUUGGCACUUAAAAUGAAGCAGCAGAGCAGCGAGCAGACAGCUGCUGGAGAGGUAGAGACGGAUGCCGCGGAUGCAGUGGAUCACGAUUGUCAGAAUAGCUAUGCGCUGGUCUGUCUCAAAUGCGAACGCCUGUAUGCCCUGUGCAGCCAGUGUCUGGUCAAGAGCGAUGUGUGCCGCGCCUGCCAGGCAGAACGUAAUGUCUGCAUGAGCUGUCGUCGUAAUCUGUGCUCAUUUUGCCUGGACGAGAUUGCCUGUGGGCGUGAUGCCGAACGUACGCACAUCAACGAGCAGCAGGGUCGUGAUCCGCAAUCGGAGGAUGCCUUUCGUGUUCUGGAUGUUAAUUAUGCGAUGCCAACUCCGGCGGCAGAAAACAAUGCCUCAAAUUUGUCUAAUACCACGCCGCCACCAUAUUCUUUUUAUAUCGCGUCUAACUCGGUGCACAAUGCGGAUCAUAAGGCCACGCCCGUAAAGCCAAUGCUGCUAGAUCAGCUGCCCACCGUCUCUGGCAGCGCUAACAACAGUUUCGAACUCGACAGUGCCGAUGAGCAGGCCAUGGAGCGUGUGCGUCGCCAAACAGAUCAGCGGCUGUCCCGUUAUCUCAAGAACUAUGGCGAUUUAGCUGCCAAGCAGCAACAUAUGCGCAGUAAAAGCGAAUCUCGCCAUCGUGGCACACAGACGACGCCCCAAUCCUUGGGCCGGCGCGAUGUGGUGCUGCAUGAGGGGCUCACACAGAAUCUAUCCAUGCCGCUGCUACGAGAAAUGCCAAAAAUGACGCGCAAAGAGACGGCCACAAAGUUGGACGGAAAUCGUCAGCAGAAAAUGGAUAAUCUCAAGAAGCGCUGGGAGGUGCCCGCCGUGCAAAAGUUUACGUUGACCACUUCGUCACCCAAAAUAUUAACCCAAGUGGGCGCCAUACGUAAACAGCUGCAGGCGGCGCGUUUCUUUGACGAUGUCCAGGACGAAGUCGACUAAGCGAAAGCUAAUAGCAAUUUUUCAACUAUGUUCGAAAAAUUGUCUGUUUAGUUUACAUUCAGUUUGAAUAACUUUAGUAUUGACUAUUUUUAAUAUUUCACGUUUCAUUUUCACACAUUAUUUUAUCAUUUCAAUUCGUACUCCACAUUCGACUAUCCAAUCAAACUACCCCCUGAGAUAUAUAUAAUAUGAUAUGAGACCAUGUGCUUCUGCUGUUUUGCGCAGCAAUUGAAUUUAUAAUACAUUUAAGCCAUAAAGUUUGUUAAUGUUUUUACAAAUAUAUAUAUAUAGACAAUGAUAAUUUAACUAAAUUAAAUUAUUCUAUUGUGAAUUGGCAUAUCGGCUUGUUAAAGUUGACAAUAAAUGGAUAUUUUAUAAAAAACAAAAAAAAA